AUGCAGUACAUCCUGCUCGCACAUUAUGCGCCGCAUCCCCAUUCCAUCCCAUUCCCGUUCCCAUUACUACAUCCCGUUCCCGUUCUCAUUCCCGUUCCCACCACCAUCAGCACACUGACUCCAGCAUCAGCCGGGAGAGUGGAUCCUGGUCGUCCAGCUGUAGAUGCCUUUCCCGAGUCGAAACGCACAAGACGCAAGAACUUGUCGAAUUCAUUUGAUAAUCUCAGUGACAUUGUGCCAUGUGUGCUUGUUGGUGCUCGGUUUUUGGCAUAUGGCUAUCUGCUAGUUGUGUACGCGUUCCUCCAAUUUUACGUUCUCGCGAGCGCACUCUGGGUAUCCUGUGCUUGCGGCAGGGAAUUUCUGGAUACUCUCCGAUCAUCUCCCCCUACUAUUCCUACCCCAAAUAACCUUGCACCAAGAAUGCGGAAUGACCCAAUCACAACUGCAGGGAUUUUACGGGUUUCUUCUGAAGGCAAUUUUUUUGUGUUUCCCUGCUUUAUUCUUCAAUUUGACCAUGCCAUUCAGAAUUUCAGCGAAACGAAUUCCUUGCCCGUGUUUAGAACAGACUCCCAAACCCGGAUGCUGGACUCUGCGCAUAACUUUGCUCUUGGAUUUUUUCGUUACCCUCUGGAGGGUCAGUACCAACAAGAGAUCAUGAUUGGAGCCAAAGGUAUCAACAAUACUCUCGCCCCUUAUCGAUUUUGCCCCAAUAAUGACAUUCCAAAUAUCGGCUACCGCGGCGCACCACUUACUGAUGCAUGGAAUGCAGUGUAUCUCAGGGAUACCGUCCCUCGUUUGCAACGAUAUGUUGAUGGGUUUGAAUUGGAUGUCCGAGAUGUUUAUGCCAUGCAAGAAUUGUGUGCCUACGAGACGGUCGCUCUUGGUUAUUCCAAGUCCUGCGAACUCUUCACGGAGAAGGGUGGGAAGGCUUUGAUUAUUCCGGUCCAGAAUAGUGCUACUACCAGUACUGUUCCCUCUUCAUAUGCGGUCCCAGGAGCGUUCCCAACUUCUCUCUACCCUAAUUACUACAAUAAUCCAACGGCCACCUCUGCGCAGCCACAGCCAGUCAUUUCAGAUCCCGUCACACAUGAAAUCUUUCCAUUUUCCCUGACAGACCCGCAAAACAUUCCUCAGAAUGACACCGUGGAUCCUCACCCACUUCCACCCCAGGCGUCCUCUCAACAACUUCUUCAACAAGCUGUAGCGCAGAUCAAGUCAAUUGCAGUAAACCCGAUGUUCACUACAUCAUGUGCACGGUGCCAGGCUUCCCUAGAAGUGGCCAAAUUUCUUGCUUUUGCGGCUCCUGAACAAGGGACCAAUCUCGCUUUGACGCUUUGCGAGUACUUCGAUUAUUCGUCCUCUUGCGAGAAAAAUUAUGGACCUCUCGUGUUGGGACCGAUCCUUACUCAAGUUGCAUCUUUUGCUGAUGUCGGAGGAUAUGACGGACAGUCGAUUUGCUCCGAAUUUCUUGGCUUAUGUCCAGCACCUACGACAACGACUCUCAUCCUCACUGGCUGGUUUGCAAAGCCGAAGCCAAAUCCUCUUCCCCCUCCCAAGCAGCCCAGUGGCCAACUGAUGAAAGUUCUGCAUCUUUCGGACCUGCAUAUUGAUUCCCCUUGGGGCUCACCUAUAGCCAGGGCACAAGGAAUUGGCUAUGUGCGAGAGCUUGUGUCUCGUCUCACUCAAACGCCGAUUGAACGCACAAUAGUUCCACUAAUGCGACACUUCAUUACGCUGUCACUUUCCCCCUUGGAGACAGCCUUUAUGUGGACGCAACGCAUGAAACUGUAG